AUGGACGUGUCUCCCAUCGUCACAACCGCGGCGCCUGAGCCCUUGCCCGACAAGGCCGAAGGACUCAAGUAUUGGAAUAAUGUUGAUAGCGACAUUAAUGCCAUGCUCGGCGGGGUCCCAUCAGUCCAAGGUUUCUCAGUAACUUCCAGAGUCGACUUACAGGGCUCGCGCAAUUUUCUGGCCAAGCUGGGUAUUGGUGCUAAGCCAGGUCUGCGCAUAGUGGACAGUGCCUUAGAGGAUGGUGCUGGCAUUGGCAGGGUCACGGAGGGGCUCCUUCUAAAAGUCGCUAAACAGGUCGACAUUAUUGAGCCCGUCAUCAAGUUUACAGACGGCUUGCAACAUAAACCUGGUAUCCGCGCUAUCCAUAACAUAGGACUAGAUGAUUGGAUACCUACGAAAGAUGACAGCUAUGAUUUGGUAUGGAUCCAGUGGUGUGUCGGCCACUUGACUGAUCCCCAGCUCGUGCAACAUCUUGAGCGAUGCAAGGCAGCGCUAAACCCUGACGGUGGUGUUAUCGUGGUGAAGGAGAACAUCAACUCGAUUGACGAAGAUUUCUUUGACGAGACAGACAGCAGUGUCAUAAGACAAGACGCAAAGUUCCGGGCCUUGUUCAAGCAAGCGGGCCUGACGCUUUUCAAAACGGAACUGCAGAAGGGAUUCCCUAAAAGUCAUUUAGGGAAGUUGCUUCCUGUCCGAGUUUACGCGCUAAAAUCAAUCGCUCCAACUGUACGGAAAUGA